UGUGCAGGAAUUCAGGCGGGGGCUGGGCCAGGCGCGGAUGUGCCGCUCGCUCGGGGAGAGCGGAGCUGGGCACCCGCGGGAAGCCGCCUUGCGCUGCCCGGGCUCCGCGGGGAGCAGACCAUUGGCUGAGCGCUAUUGCAGAAGAUACAGCCAACUGGGUUAUCUAGAAAACGAGGGAGAGAAACUGGAGCCAUUCAGUUUGAUGGGGGAAACUGAGGCACCAAGAGGGAAGUGACUUUCACAGGACCACCCAGCAAAGCAGUGGCAGAGCCAGGCAUUGAACCUAGGUCUCCUGAGUCUCCGUCCAGUGCCCUGUCCAAGGAGCUCUUGAGAUUAUUCUCAUCCGAAUAGAGAUGGCAGAAAUCAGUUCUCCUGCAAAUAUCAAGGAAAAGAUCAAUGCAGUUCGAUCAAUUGUUCCUAACAAAAGCAAUAAUGAAAUAGUUCUGGUGUUGCAGCAAUUUGAUAACAAUGUAGACAAGGCAGUUCAAGCUUUUAUGGAUGGCAGUGCAGCUCAGGUACUAAAAGAAUGGAAUAUGACAGGGAAAAAGAAGAAUAAUAAAAGAAAAAGAAGCAAAUCUAAACAGCAUCAAGGCAAUAAGGAUAUGAAAGAGAAGAAUGAUAGAACUGAAAAGGUUUCCCUAGAGCCCCAAGAGAUAUAUAGCUGCCAUCUGAAUGGAUGUGACAAGGAUAACUCUUCCAAUGACUCUGCCAAUGAGAAAUCAGAAGUCGUUUCUCAUGAGAACAAAAGCUGUGGAUUCGAGGAGGUGGUGCAAGCACAUCCAGAAAUCACAGACAAAAACCUGGAGCACAAGAGAAUAUCUGUAGAUUUAAACCUAAAGUCUGUAAGUGGAACAGAACAGCGAGAUACUUUUCAGUCAUCAGUUCAACCUCUGAGUAAUGUAGGCAGGCCAAAGUCAAAAACAUCCACAGUUAAAGCAUCCGUCCCUGCAGCCCAUCUUGAAACAAAGCCAGAUGAUUCAAUCAAGAAAAAAGGUCCAAACAUUGAAAAGUCUGUGAAAGACUUGCAACGUUGCACUGUUUCCUUAACUAGAUACCGCAUGAUGAUCAAAGAGGAAGUGGAUAAUUCAGUGAAGAAAAUCAAAGCUGCCUUUGCUGAAUUACACAGCUGCAUCAUAGACAAAGAAGUGUCAUUAAUGGCAGAAGUUGAUAAAGUUAAAGAAGAAGCCAUGGAAAUCUUGACUGCUCGUCAGAAAAGAGCUGAGGAGCUAAAGAGACUGACAGACUUAGCUAGUCAGAUGGCUGAGACACAACUGGCUGAACUCAGGGCUGAAAUUAAGCACUUUGUGAGUGAACGCAAAUAUGAUGAAGAGCUGGGUAGGUCUGCCCGGUUCUCCUGCGACAUAGAACAGCUAAAAACCCAAAUUCAGCUCUGCGGAGAAAUUUCUCAUCCAAAGAACAACUACUCCUCAAGAACACCAUGCAGUUCUGUGCUGCUGUCAGUGACUUCGCAUGUGGCAUCUGGCAAGCAAAGUACACACUCCCGAAAAUCCUCUAGUCACAUCAAGAACUUUGAUAGUAAAACGGCCAGCACUAAAAUGCCAAAUCAUCUUAUUUCCAAUCCCACAGAAUCCUCUCCCCAAGUAACCCCAACAAAUAAACAGAAUGGGCCGUCUAGCCAGAGACGAAGAUUUAACUCACAGUAUCACGGCAUCCGGCUCAAUGGGUCUGUCAAGUCACAAGGUGCCAGUAACGAAACAGAUCAAAAUAAUAUAAAGAGCAGUUCCAGAUAUGAACACAGAAGACAACAGCAUAAUAGUUUCAGACCUAAAAAUAAAGGAGCUAUGAAAAAUCAAGACCAGUCCACAGCUACAAGGACCACAGAGAAUCUCACAAAUACAGAAAAAAACCAAAGAAAGCAUCGUACGCCAGCCAGCACCGAGCCCAGACCAUUCCGCAGCAGUGUCGCUAGGGGAUCUCAGUGCAAUUUAUGCCCUGCAAGAAUAGAGGCCUCUGCUGAUGCCACUGUUCUUUCAGUGCCAGCUGUGACUUUGGUGGCUUAAAUUCUCGCCAAGAAGAGAGACAGAGCAGAUUUAUUUUUUUCCAUUUCAGUUUCUCACUCAAGGUGCUAGUUGAAAUGCUGACAAAAAGCUAGUGUGUCAGAAAACAGAAUCAAUUUCAAUCAGUUGCUGCUUAAAAACCUGUUGGCAUUUUUAUUAAUUCAAAUAAUCAGCAGUAGUUCACCUCAUACUUUCAAGGCUUUGCUCAAUAUGCUCAAGGUUAUUUUUGUCAUAACAAUGCAGCAUUUUUGCCAGGCAGUAUUUGCUUCUUAGAAAAAUCAAAUCUAGAUUGAACAAAAUAAAUUGAAGAUUAAAUGCAUAGUAGCAAGAUGCCUGCUAUAGAUAUGUGGUUGUACCAGUCCACUCUGUUGUUUGUAGAGCAGCUAAUGUUAGAAAAAAUAACAGGAAGUUCAUACAUCAUGGUCUGCAAUGAAAACAGAUGCUCUUAUAGAAUUUUUCAGUGCAAGUCUAUACAGCGCUCUUUCUCUCCAUAUAUAUCUAUAUCUAUAUUAUAUACUCACACAAUAUUGCUCUAUACAAAACAAAUUAAAAAACAUAAUGCAUUUGA